AUGUAUUCUGGAACUUUUCUGCAAAAUUCACCAUAUGUAGCUCAUUUCUGUCACCCCAAGUAUCAUGUAUUCGAUUGUAAGUAUGCGGAUGUUGUAUGUCAGCGGGGUUGUGGGCAAAUAUAUAUAAAAAUGAACGAGCAAAAGCAUCUUAAUGAGGAUUGCGAUCGGAGAAUGGGCAAAUGCGAAUUUUGCGAGAAAGAAAUAGCACUAAAAGGAAUGGAUAUUCAUUUAAAGGUGAUCGAUCAUCAUAGUGGUCCAAAUCCAGUUUGCCCGGAUUAUAUAAUUGACUGCCCGAAUAACUGCGGUCUUAAAGCUGUUCCACGUGAAAAGAUUAAACAACAUUUGCCAGUUUGUGUUAAUGCUGGCGCUGCUUGCCCAUUUAAUGAAUUCGGUUGCGAUUACAUGGGAGAUACUAGAAAUACUUCGAUGUUACUAUUUAACAUGGAAACGAUCAUGGAAAUGCUGGUAUGUAAAAUGGAUGCAUUGCAAAGACGAACUGCUACACUAGAAAAACUCUAUGGACCACAGACGAUAUGGCGUAUAGACAAUGUGAAGCAGAAACAAAAUGAAGCUCGAUCAGGUGCAAAAACCAUGAUUUUCUCGCCACCAUUUAUUACAGGACGACAUGGAUAUAAAAUGUUUUUAAGCGCAUCGCUUUACGGUGAUGGACCAAUACGUGGUCAGUAUAUGUCAGUGUUUGUUGGUAUCAUGCGCGGUGAAUACGACGCACUUUUGGAAUGGCCAUUUACCCAUAAAGUAACAAUCACAUUAAUGGAUCAGAAUCCUGAUGUAACGAAUCGCAAUGAUAUUUCGUAUAUUAUAAAGCCAAAUCCACUGCCAGCAUAUAAAGCAUAUUUGGAUCGACCAGUUAGUGAACGAAACGCAUCGUUUGGAGCUGUAAAAUUCUGCGAGCUCGAAAUACUCGACAGAUAUAUACGUGAUGAUGUUAUCUAUAUUAAGGUCAACGUUGAUACCGAUAGCGAAAAAUAUGAACAAUCAAGUGAAGCGUUUAUCAGCCAAAUGAACAAAAAAAGUCAAACAAAAACGCUGACUAGCAAUAAUACGGUUGAAACUAAAAAUAAGAUCAAGGAAAUUCAGCAACUUCUUAAACCGGCCAACCAGGUACCAAUCGAAAUAAACCAAAAACCUGACAAUAAUUGGUCCGAUGUAAUCACAGACCAACCCAAAUCAGUUAAUUAUACUCAUUUAUACAACCAAUCAAGCGUAUACAAUCCGCAGUGA